UAGAAGGCAUAGCAAUGUUCAAUUUGUGGUUUAUCAUUCUAUCACUCUUAGUAGGCUAUAUUUCAGCACAUGGUGCACCUGUCGACCCAUCCUGUUAUGAGUUGAAAACCAGCAAGCGGGCCGAUGAUUGCUGCAAAAGUCCUGUGGAGCUUGGUGACGAUGUCACGAAUUCAUGCAUUGCUAAGCUUGAUCCGACGCAGACUGAGCAUGAUCAACUUAUCUGCGUAGGAGAAUGUAUUGCCCAAGAGUCGGGCGUCAUGAAGAAUCGAACUGUGGACAAGGAGGCUGCCAAAUUGUUGUUUGUAAAUUUGGUUGGUGAGGAUCCAAAUUUUGCCCCCCUUAUAGGAGGCGUCUAUGACAAGUGUUACGACUGGGUUACUGCGAUACCGGACCAUGAAAAGGCAAAGUGCAGUUUUGUUCCCGCCUUCCUAAUGACCUGCAUUGAGACGGAAUUAUUUAAGAUUUGUCCUCCAGCUGUAUGGGACGUGAGUGACGGCUGCGUUGAACUUGCAGGUAAACUGGCCAAAGGAUGUCCAUUUUCUGCGAUUGAUAAUAAGCGUUGA